AUGGUGGAUAAGAAAGUGCUUCGCGUGAUAUACUUGUAUGAGUUCAAAUUGAAUCACAGUGCACCAGAAGCAGCCAGAAAUAUUGAAGAAGUGUUUGGCAAAGGCACAGCACCAGUCCGGACCGUACAACGAUGGUUUACUCGAUUCCGUUCUGGAGAUGAAUCCCUUGACAAUGACGUCAUUCCUGGCCGACCUUCAGGUGUUAACGACGAAGUUUUGAGGAAGAUUAUUGAAGAAAAUCCGAGCAAAACGACUAGAGAUAUUGCGAGGGAACUUGGCGUCAGUAACUCAACGAUUUGUCAUCAUUUGGCCAAGCUUGGGAAGGUGAAACGGGUGGACAGAUGGGUACCUCAGGAAAUGAAUGGAAACUAG